UUCUGCGUUUGUGGGGUGAAACCAUUUUAAAUCACAGUGAAUAUAAUUGGCAUAUGAAGUGAAUUAAUCUACUUUUGUGAAAAAGACACAAGCGUCUAGAAAUCUCCUUGCUUGCACUAAAGGCAGGAGUAAAAAAACACCUAAAAAACGACUAUUUAGUACAGCUGUCAAUCGUAAAUGUAUCAAAUCUGCAUGGCUAGUUUAUCGUCAGGCCAAUUUUUCCAUUAAAAAUAUUGUAUGUAGGGAAGGGUUAGCGGUAGAUUCUUUUUAUCUGAUAUGCACAAUAUGUAACAUUCUACAUUUUAACCGUGGCCACUCAGUACAGAAAUGCAUUUGUGAUUGUCUGUAGAAGUAUGUCUGUCACGCACUAUUGCAAACUAUAGCAAGUAAACUAUAAAAGCUAUAACUGUAGUCAACGCUGGACCGUUCAUCUUUUCGCAGGAACUCCAGCGCCUCGUUUCAACCGUAAGGAUUGUCAGCGGCCUUAACAGGUCUAGUUGCUGGCGCUGUCGUCAUUAACCGCAACACUAGAAAACCGUCAGUCGUCUUGACCAUUAGUUUUUUUAGGCGUCCCAAACGGGUAUUUGAGAGAAAAGUUUGUACUGUAUUUGGUGCUGUCGCUAAAGUGUUGACCGUGACCUACAACAGCUAAUAGGAGCAUAUGAGUAUUUUUAUUACCUGAUUUUAAACACUGCACCGUUAUGUUGUGCUUCCUGGAGAAAGCCUGCCUUUAAGUCCAGCUGCUUUCUGACAUUGCGAAGGAAGGGAGGUGUUAAUCAAAAUGGCCCUGAGAGCCAGGGCGCUGUACGCUUUCCAGAGUGAGAAUAAGGAGGAGAUCAGCUUUCAGGAAAAUGAGGAACUGCUCAUUUUUGAUGAAAAGACUGUGGAUGGGUGGCUGCAGGGUGAGAACAGUCAGGGACAAAGAGGCCUGGUCCCAGCCUCAUAUGUGGAGAUAAUUAGACCUCGAUCCAACUCCAACCAGACUGACAGUUCCUUGAGCCCUGCGGGCUCACCAAGUAAUGACUCCUCCUACUUCCUCUCCGCCCUGCACUCGGCCUUUCACAUGCAGCAGAGCAAUGAUGAUGAUGAUGAUGAUGACUGGGAGGACUGGGAUGACAGCUCCACAGUGAUGGAAGAUGAAGACUCCCGCCGAGGAGGUGGGGCUAAUGGACACUCCUUCCAAAGCCCUUACAAUAGCCCAAAUGCACACUACCGCUCUAAACCUUACCCAGAGCGGCAUGACAGCAUCUCCAGCUCACGGAAAGGGAGCAUGGUGGGGCGGAACCUCAACCGCUUCUCCAGCUUCGUCCGCUCGGGGGUGGAGGCCUUUGUGCUGGGCGACGUACCCAUGAUGGCCAAGAUAGCAGAGUCCUACGCUAUUGAGAUGGGCCCACUGGGGCCCCAGUGGAAGGAGAGCCCCCAGCCUUUCUCUUGCUCUAUCGAGGACCCCACAAAGCAGACAAAGUUCAAGGGCAUAAAGACCUACAUCUCAUACCGAGUGACACCUAGCCACACUGGCCGGCCAGUGUACCGCCGCUACAAGCACUUUGACUGGCUCUACAACCGGCUGCUGCACAAGUUCACCAUCAUCUCUGUGCCCCACCUGCCUGAGAAGCAGGCAACCGGGCGCUUCGAGGAGGACUUCAUCGAGAAGCGCAAGAGGCGGCUCAUCCUCUGGAUGGACCACAUGACGAGCCACCCGGUGCUGUCGCAGUACGAGGGCUUUGAGCACUUCCUCAUGUGCGCCGACACCAAGCAGUGGAAGCUGGGUAAGCGGCGGGCCGAGAAGGAUGAGAUGGUGGGUGCCCACUUCCUGCUCACUGUCCAGAUGCCCAACGAACACCAAGACCUGCAGGACAUGGAGGAGCGGGUGGACUCCUUUAAGGCCUUCACAAGGAAGAUGGACGACAGCGUCCUGCAGCUGACGCAUGUGGCCUCUGAGCUGGUGCGCAAACACCUGGGCGGCUUCCGCAAGGAGUUCCAGAGGCUGGGGAAUGCCUUCCAGUCCAUCAGCCAGGCCUUCACCAUGGACCCGCCCUACUGCUCUGAUGCCCUUAAUAACGCAAUAUCCCACACAGGCCGGACCUAUGAGAACAUUGGGGAGAUGUUUGCAGAGCAGCCAAAGCACGACCUCUUCCACAUGCUGGACAAGCUGUCACUCUACCAGGGCCUGCUUGCAAACUUCCCUGACAUGAUCCACCUGCAGAAAGGUGCAUUUGCUAAGGUGAAGGAGAGCCAGCGCAUGUGUGAUGAGGGACGUAUGGAACAGGAUGAGGCGGACGGCGUGCGGAAACGUUGCCGGACCGUGGGGUGUGGCCUGCAGGCCGAGAUGAACCACUUCCACCGGCGGCGGGAGGUGGACUUUAAGGAGAUGAUGCAGGCUUACCUGAGGCAGCAGAUCAUCUUUUACCAGCGUGUCACGCAACAGCUUGAGCGCACCCUGCACAUGUACAACAAUCUAUAAAGCCCCAACCCCCCCCUCCACCACCCACACCCCAGCCAAACACAAGCCCCUCCCU